AUGUCGAGUGCCGUCUUGCAUAGAGAUACUCAUUUCCUUCCUAAAAAGGCCAUUGGCGGAAAAGGGAGUUAUAUGUUUCUUGAGGAUGGCACUAAAUUCCUUGACUCAACUGGCGGAGCGGCCGUAUCGUGCCUGGGCCAUGGCCAUGAAGGAGUCACCCAGGCCAUCAAGGACCAGAUGGACCAAUUGUCCUACUGUCAUUCCGCCUUUUUUGGCACCCCCGUAAGCGAGAAAUUGGCUCGCUUCUUGACGGACUCAACUGGGGGCAAACUGUCCAAACUAUUCGUUGUCAGCUCGGGGUCCGAAGCUGUCGAAGCUGCCAUGAAGCUUGCCCGCCAGUACUUUCUUGAGCUUCCCACCCCUCAACCCCAACGAACAAGGUUUAUUGCCCGCCUGCCCUCAUAUGACGGCACUACGCUCGGUGCUUUGAGCGUUGGUGGACAUGUUCUUCGAAGAGAACCAUUUGAACCAAUCUUGGCGAAGAAAACGUCUCAUGUCUCUCCGUGCUAUUCAUAUCGUGAAAAGAAGGAUGGUGAAACUGAUGCCAACUACAUUGCUCGUCUUGCUGCAGAAUUGGAUGCGGAGUUUGAGCGUGUGGGAUCAGAUACCGUUUGCGCCUUUGUCGCAGAGCCGGUCGUUGGUGCCGCUCUUGGAUGUGUUCCUGCUGUACCCGGAUACUUCCCUGCGAUGAAGGCCGUCUGUGAAAAACACGGUGCUUUGCUGAUCCUCGAUGAAAUCAUGAGCGGUAUGGGACGCUGUGGAACCCUGCAUGCCUGGGAGCAGGAGGGUGUCGUCCCCGACAUCCAAACUAUAGGCAAAGGUCUCGGUGGCGGGUAUGCCCCUGUCUCUGGAAUUCUGAUCAGUGACCAUAUUGUGCAAACUAUGGACAAGGGGACAGGAGUGUUCCGCCACGGACAAACCUAUCAAGGUCACCCGGUUUCCUGUGCAGCAGCAUUGGCUACACAGAAAACCAUUCAAAAGGAGUCUCUUCUAGAAAAUGUUCGAAGUAUGGGUGCUUACCUUGAAAAUCAACUUCAUCAACGAUUCGAGGAUCAUCCGUGUGUUGGUGACAUUCGAGGAAAGGGAUUGUUCUGGGGAGUUGAAUUUGUCAAGGACAAGGCUUCUAAAGAACCAUUUGAUCCGAGUACGCGACUAUCGUUCUACAUCCAGGAAAAGGGAAUGCAGCCAGAAUACUCGAUUUCUCUCUACGGCUGCCCGGGCACUGUUGAUGGUAUCCGCGGUGACCAUGUGAUAUUGGCACCACCCUACAAUGUGUCAAAAGAGGAGAUUGAUAUUAUUGUGGAUAUGUUUGAAAAGGUUUUGGCAGUAGUUCUUAAAGAACUAGGUCUCUGA